UCAACUAUGUUGAUAGGCAUUUCGAAGUUUCUCUGUUGAUAUAUUGGUAGCGAAAAUAGGAAACACUUAAAUUAUAGUUUAAUUUAUUAUAAUGGAUUAUGUUAAAUUAAAAACUGCAUAUGAAGAUAAUAAUGACCAAAUAAAUAUUGUAGAUGAUAGUGAUAUCGUUAAAAGAUGGAGUCUCACAGAAACCUCGAUAGGCUUAGCAAUAGUUCUAGCUCUGUAUCUAUUAGUAGUUUUGAAGAUAUUGCCAAACUACAUGAAGAACAGACAGCCAUAUAGUUUACAAAGUAUUUUAACAAAAUAUAAUGCUUUUCAAGUCUUGUCUUCGGCGUACAUUGUAUUCCUGUACGCCAGAUACAUAGUGAACCAUGGCAUCAUCACUACAAGGUGUCCCCAAGGAGAGGAUCUACAAGGAGUCAUCAAAGAGAUCUACCCGUACUUCAUCGCCAAGCACCUGGACCUUCUCGACACGGUUUUCUUCGUACUCCGGAAGAAGGACAACCAAGUGACCUUCCUUCACCUGUACCACCAUACGGCCAUGGUGUCCUGGACGUGGCUGCACUUGAUGUACCACCCGACUGACCAUUUUGUGGUGGUGGGACUGCUGAAUAGUCUGGUUCACGUGAUCAUGUACGCGUAUUAUGGGAUCAGCUCCAUGGGUCCAGAGUAUCAGAAAUAUGUUUGGUGGAAGAAACAUGUUACCAAGAUCCAAUUGGUACAAUUCAUUCUAGUGAUUUCUCACCUGUACUACCAACAGAAGUUAACCCCCUGCCCGCUGCCGGCUUACUUCCACUACUUCUGCGUCUUCAGCAUCGGUUCCUUCUUCUUUCUCUUUCUUAAAUUCUACUUCAACAGUUACAGAAGUAAGAAAAGCAGAGAAUAAGGAUAUCGUUUUAAGUAAAAACUGUGAUUUAUAUUUGUGUAUAAAAUAAAAUAAUUUGUAUGAGGU